AUGGUGACGAUUAACGAGCUGCUUUUGGAAACACUUGAAAAUUUGGGACACAAGGAGCUAAAAUCUUUCAAGUGGUACCUGCAGAUGCCUGAGGUCCACGAUGGCUUCACCCCAAUCCCAAAGUUCCAGCUAGAUGAGGCAGACAUGCUGGACACAGUGAAUGUGAUGGUGCAGAAAUACAACCAACGGGCUGUGGAGGUGGCCAAGAUGGUUUUAGGGAAGAUGAGCAGAAAUGAUCUGGUACAGCAUUUGUCAAACAGCAGUUCAGAACUAAAAGGGAAUGUCAGUGAUGUUGUAGAGUCUACAGAGGACACAGGAGCUUCUGCCGUUCAACCACAGGCAUCUGCUCUUCCUCCCCCUCUCACUAACAGCAGUCAACCUCAAGAUAUGAAGACUUCAGUGCAAGAGCCUGCACAAUGGAUCAUAAUAUACCAACGUACACUCCAGUCUCACCUUCAGAGCAAGUUUAUGUGUGCUCAAGAGGGCAUGGCAGAGAAGUCGGAUGAACAGUGUCUGGUUGACAUCUACACAGAGCUGUUCAUCACAGCUGGGGUGGAACUACGCAUCAAUGAACAGCAUGAGAUCAUGCAGAUUGAGAUGCACAAUGGGAAGGUAGCAGUGAAAGAGAAACCAGUUGAGCAAAGUAACAUAUUCGAAAGCCCUACUGGAAAACACAAACCCAUAAGAACAGUGUUGACGACUGGAGUUGCAGGAAUUGGCAAAACAUUCCUUGUUCAAAAGUUUGUGUUGGACUGGGCUGAGGGACUAAUGAAUCAAGAUGUGCAUCUUUUAUUCCCCUUCACUUUCCGUGAACUGAAUUUACUGAAGGGAGGAAGGUUUCGCUUGGCAGAGCUAAUCCGCACAUGUAUCUGGGAAACCAAAGACAUCUCGAUGGAGAAACUUCACGACAUCUUCAGAGAACUACAGGCAUCAGGAAACCGAAAUUUUAACAAAAGUAAAUAUAAACUUCUGUUUGUGUGGGAUGGCCUAGAUGAAAGCCGCCUUCAGCUGGACUUCACUCACAUUGAAAAACUGCCAGCUGACUUCAAUGUCACACAGCCAACCUCAGUGGAUGGACUGCUGACAGCUCUCAUCACAGGGAAACUGCUUCCCUCUGCUCGAGUAUGGAUAACCACAAGGCCUGCAGCGGCUAAUCAGAUCCCUCGAGAGUUUGUUGACAGCAUGACAGUGGUGAGGGGAUUCACUGGUCCACAGAAGGUGGAGUACUUCAGGAAGAGAUUCCCAGAUAAAAUGCAAGCCAGCAGAAUCAUCUCCCACAUGAAGGCAUCGCGAAGCCUCUUCAUAAUGUGCCACAUCCCAGUUUUCUGCUGGAUCACUGCUACAGUUCUAAAGGAUGUUUUGAAGACCAGAACACAGGCAGAGCUGCCCAGAACCCUGACUGAGAUGUACACAGAAUACCUAAAGUAUCAGAUGACCCUGACAGAAGAGAAAUGUGGCACAAAAAAGAGCAUUCAUUACAUCCAGUCAUUAGCAAAACUAGCUUUUGACCAGCUAGAGAAAGGCAACCUCAUCUUCUACGAGAAAGACCUGAAAGACAGUGGCAUCAAUUUCCGUAAAGCCUCACUGUACUCUGGAGUUUUCACAGAGGUCUUUAAAGAGGUGCACAAGUGGAAGAGGGACAAUGACAAGGGCAAGAUGUUCAGCUUUGUCCAUUUAAGCCUUCAGGAGUAUAUGGCUGCCCUUCAUGUGGUGAUGUCACUCAUUAACAACAACAAGAAUGUUCUGUCAGAGCCACAGCUAACACUGGAAAGUCUGUUUAUGCUUUGCAAGAGAAAAUCCAUAACAGAGGUCAAUGAGAUUGCAAUUGACAAAGCCUUACAAAGUCCAAAUGGGCACCUGGACUUGUUCCUUCGCUUCCUCAUGGGUCUUUCCCUGCAGACCAAUCAGGAUCUCCUUAAAUGCCUGUUGAAGGUGCCAAAAGGGUUCUCUCAGACCAACCCCAAAACAAUCCAGUUCAUCAAGGAAAGGAUCAGGGAGAAUACAUCUCCAGAGAGGAGCAUCAAUCUGUUCUACUGUUUGAAUGAGCUGAAAGAUGAUUCUCUAGAGGAGGAGAUCCAACAGUACCUGAGUUCAGGAAGGCUUUCCACAAAAACGCUCUCUCCGGCUCUCUGGUCAGCUCUGGUCUUCAUCUUGUUGUCAUCAGAAGAAGCGCUGGAGGUGUUUGACCUUAAAAAAUACUCUGCUUCAGAGGAGGGUCUACUGAGGCUGCUACCAGUGGUCAAGGCCUCCAACAAAUCCCUGCUGAGUGGCUGUAAUCUGUCAGAGAACAGCUGUGAAGCUCUGGCCUCAGUUCUCAGCUCUCAGUCCUCUAAACUCAGAGAGUUGGACCUGAGUGACAAUGACCUGCAUGAUUCAGGAGUGAAACUCCUCUCUGCUGGACUGAAGAGUCCACAUUGUGCCCUGCAAACUCUCAGUCCACUUUGUCAGUUAUAUGUGUGUGUGUGUGUGUGUGUGUGUGUGUGUAGACUGUCAGGCUGUAUGAUCACACAGGAAGGCUGUGCUUCUCUGGCUUCAGCUCUGGAGUCCAACCCCUCCCACCUGAGAGAGCUUGACCUGAGCUACAAUCAUCCAGGAGACUCAGGAGAGAGGCUGUCUGCUGGACUGAACGAUCCACACUGGAGCCUGGACACUCUCAACCUCGACCAUGGUGGAGAGCAAAGACUGAAACCUGGUCUGAAGAAAUAUGUUUGUGAACUAACACUGGAUCAAAACACCGCACAUGGAAACCUCAAACUGUCUGACAACUGCACGAAGGUGACAACCGUAAAAGAGAAGCAGCCGUAUCGUCAUCACCCAGACAGAUUCGACUGCUGGCUUCAGGUGCUGUGUAGCACUGGUCUAACUGGUCGCUGUUACUGGGAGGUUGAGUGGGAAGGUAGGGUUUACAUAGCAGUGACAUACAGAGGAAUCAGACGGAAAGGAGAGGGAGCUGACGGCUGUCUUGGAGCAAAUGACCACUCCUGGAUGCUGCUCUGUGAUGACGACGGUAGUAUCUCUGUCCGACAUGAAGACAGAGCUACGCCAAUUUGUCCCCGGUCGUCUGCUGCUUCUAACAGAGUGGCAGUAUUUUUGAACUAUCCUGCUGGCACUCUGUCCUUCUAUACAGUGGAAUCUGACAAACUGACUCACCUCCACACCUUCCACUCCACCUUCACUGAGCCUCUUUACCCUGCAUUUGGGUUUGGGUAUGGAUUUGAUGGAUUUGACUUAAGUUCCUCAGUGUCCUUAAGGGAGGUAGAAGAUGGCACCUUCUCCACACACUGUUGAAUGAAGACAGUUGCUGAAACUCUGGUUCACUCUGUACAGCAUCACAAACAAGACCUUACAAUGAGUUUUCAUGCAACUAAUAUAUCAGUGACCUAAUUUCUGAAACAUAAUGUAUGAUUAAAAUCAUGUGGCACAGAACUGGACAAAAAUAAUCAGACUGAUUUCUAUGGACAAGCUCCAACUACAACUACAAGCAAACUUCAUUCAGUGAUGAAGACCAUGUGAUAUGGGUAAAAGCUCCAGAUAAAGCCCUCCAUAACUGAGAUGGUAUUGUUUUGUUGAAUUACCGUGCCGAAUGUCAACAAUUACCUUUCAACGGGGAUAAGAAGUUGUUAAAGUAUUAUGACUGAAAUCAAAUUAGCUCCCGGGUUUGCAUGUCAACAUCUCCAUACAGUUACGGUGAUACCGUUUAAAGCUCCAUAAAAAGCUAGUAAGUGGACCUUGGCUUGGAGUUGGUUUUUUGAGCUAUUUGUGAAAUGCUUUUUAUAUUAUCUUUCAGAAAUUACAUGACUUGUUGAAAGUAUCAAAUACUCACCUGUGCAGACCUUACAGCUGUUCCAAUGGAUUCCAAUGCCAACCAAGAUUCCUGGUUAAAAUAAAAAAAUAAAAAUGCCCAGGGAAAACCACUCAAACCACUACUUUAGCUUAGUCCACCACUCCUCUGUCAUCUGAAGGCUCAAUA